CGAAUAGCUUAGUUUUCCGUCAGUGUAAAGUAUGAACUCCUGUUGCACAUUUCGCGGAUAAACUGCGAAGAGAAAUAAAAACAGUUCGUCGUGACGACCAUGAAUGUUUUUUAGUAUUUGUCGAUAAUUUUGUAAUCUACUUUUUCAAGAGAGGGAACUCAAUCAAUAACCAAGGGAAUUGAACCACUGAUCACAUACCCGAUCAGUUCGCACAAAAUUCAAGAUAGGACGUAUUGAGGAGAGACAUUCAAUACAAAAUGGCAGUGGUACCUUCAGUGUCCUUCGAAGAGCUCCUGAAGCGCGAAUCUGAGCUGAAGGAAUCAGAUAUUCAGGCGCUGCGAGAGUGGUGCUCAAAGCAGCCGCAUUUGCCAAAAAUAUCGGACACUGAUUUAGCGGUAUUUCUACACAGCAAUUAUUAUCGAAUGGAACCAACGAAGAACACAAUCGAAACAUAUUAUACACUUAGAUCUCACAUACCGGAGUUCUUCAAUAAUCGAGAUCCCUUUGGAGUGAAGGAACUUCGCCAGGCGUUCAAUACUGCGGCUUUCAUGCAGCUCGAGGGGACAACUGCCGAAGGAUAUCAAAUAGCCUAUGGUCGUUUCAUCGAUCUUGACCCUGCGCACUACGUCUACAAUGAUUGUAUGAAGUACUGGAAUAUGGUGACCGAUCUAUGGAUUCGUGAGAAAGGGACUAUGAAGGGGCAUAUCUUCGCCGUAGACAUAGACGGCAUCACCUUUGGUCACGCCGGUCGGUUGAGUCCAAUGGGGCUCAAGAAGUAUCUCACGUUUUUGCAGGAGGGACUUCCAGUUCGUCUGAAGGGCCUUCACUUCAUCAACUCCAUGCCAGUUAUGGAAAUAAUUUUGGGAAUGAUGAAACCUUUCAUGAAGAAGGAAUUGAUGGAAGUCCUCCACAUUCAUACGAACAGCGAAAGCGCAGCGAAAUUUUUCCCCAUCGAGCUUCUGCCAAAUGAGUCAGGAGGUAAAGCUGGCCCUCUGAUGGAACUCCACUCGAAAAACAUCAGAAGACUCGAAGCAAAUCGCGAUUUCUUUCUGGAGGACGAGCUGACCAUGCGAGUUAACGAGGCUCUGCGUCCUGGAAAGCAAAAAACUGCCACUGAUCUUUUCGGAGUCGAGGGAACCUUCAAAAAGCUGGACAUCGAUUAAAAUAGCUCUAUCGUUUUGGAAAUUUAAAGAGUAUUCGAAACUCCAAGCAAUUUCCCUUUAUUUUUUGUCAAAUUAAUUCUUAACGACUGCUGUAUUUGAAGGAGUAAUGUUAAAAAAUCAGGGUUAACUCAAUGUUUUAUUAGAAAAUCAUAAAUUUGGGAUAUUUUGGUUAUAUAAAAACUAGUUUUGGUACAAUA